AUGCAACGAGCCCGGAACUUCCGGCGAGAUGACAGCCGUAUAGUCAUACACUUCGACUACGAUUGCUUCUACGCUUCCGUUGUCGAACAUGAGAAUCCUGCCCUCAAGGCUGUGCCGCUUGCAAUCCAGCAGAAACAGAUUGUGGUGACAUGUAAUUAUGAGGCUCGGCGGCGAGGCCUGCACAAACUGCAGCUCAUCAGCGAAGCCAAAAGGAUCUGUCCUGAGGCAGUCAUUGUUCUUGGUGAGGACUUGACUCGUUUCCGCAACGCAUCCAAAGAGCUGUACAGCUUUCUUCAACGGUCAAUAUGGAGUGGCCGGGCAGAGCGCCUUGGGUUCGACGAGGUGUGGCUUGACUGUACAGACAUGGUCCACUACAACAUAGGUCUGUUGAACCCGAAUGACCUCGCGCACUCCUUUUUCUGUCUCAAUAGAGAAGAUCCUACCAUUGGAUUCCAUUAUGAUGCGUCUGUCGCCUUUGGGCCGACGUAUCCUGCGAACCCUCCAAACCCCGAGUUAAGUGAGGAAGAGGAGCGUCAUUUGCGUUUGAGAUUAGUACUCGGCUCGCAUCUGGCGAAGCAUCUUCGGCAUGAGUUGGAAUACCAUAAAGGUUACACUGCCACUGUGGGGAUCGCUACGAAUAAGCUCUUAUCGAAACUCGUCGGCAACGUGAACAAGCCGAUGAGCCAGACCACGCUCUUACCGCCUUACCAGCCUGUCGGCCUGUCAGGGGCCACCGUCACCGACUUUCUCGACGGCCAUGAUAUUGGCAAGAUCCCCGGUAUUGGGUUUAAGAGUGCUGAAAAGAUCAGAGCUUACGUCCUGGGCAGGGCUCCGGACUUCUUUAUUGACUAUGCCAACGGAGGCAGGAAAGAACCGCUGACUGUUCUCGCCGUUCGAAGCCAUCCCGGCAUGGAGCCCGACUUGCUUGAGGAGAUACUUGCAGGCCCAGGCUCGGUAAGGGGCAUUGGCGGUAAAAUAUGGGAGCUUAUCCACGGCAUCGACGACAGCGAGGUUGGUAGAGUGAAGCGUGUUCCGUCACAGAUCAGCCAGGAGGACUCGUAUAUGAAACACUUGCAAACUUUUGAACUGGUCAAGAAACAGCUACACAUUCUGGCGGAAAGAUUGAUUCGCCGGAUGCAAAUGGAUCUACUCGACGAAGAAAGCCCAACUGAUCGUCCAGGGCGGUACUGGUUGGCUCAUCCACGAACUCUGCGGUUGUCCACCAGGACUCGCCCUGUGUCCGGGCCAGAUGGUGCGCGUCCAAGAAUGUCUAAUCGCAUUUCCCGAUCCGCGCCACUGCCAAGUUUCGCGUUCAGCCUGGUCGAAGACCCUACCAUCCUUGCUGACCGUUUGGUGGAAGAGGUGCUGGUGCCCAUGUUCCGCAAACUGCAUCACGAGAAGGCAGGCUGGCAUAUCAACCUCAUCAACGUCGCCGUGACCAACAUGGCCGAAACUGCAGGGGAAAGCAAGGACAGCGAAGGAAGAGACAUUGGUAGAAUGUUUCGUCGACAGGACGAAGUGCUCAAAGAUUUCAGAAUCCGGCCUGUAUCGGAGCCACCUGAGGAUUUGCACCCUGCGGUGCAGGCGCCCGAAACACGUGUGAAAGGCCUAAUUGCUGACCCGCCUACCACGGAUGCCUGGGACUCGGAGCCAGACGACAGCCAUCAGGCCGAGCUCUGUGGAUUCUGUCACCAGGACAUUCCAGUAUUUGCAAUGGCCGCGCACCAGAGAUAUCACCAGCUAGGUGACUGA